AUGUUCGGUGUUCUAGACAUUGACGAAUGCGGUGCUUCUUCUCCUGUAUGUGACAUCAAUGCAAACUGCUCCAAUACUCGUGGAUCGUAUAUCUGUACCUGCAGGACAGGAUAUACAGGCGAUGGAAAAACUUGCCAAGGUAGGAUAAAUGUCGAUUUACUGUGAUAACAACGAAGAGGGCAGAUUCUCAGGGACUUGUGACAACCAGUAAAAAUCGUCAAUCCAUCGAAUCCAGUCCGUUUAUAUACGGGCAGUGCAUGAGAUCAUCCCGGGGUUAUACUUCUGUUAUUAAAAACUUUUUGGAUAAAUGUAAGUGUAUACAAAUUCUUUAAAAGGCCGCGUAUUAAGAAUUAAAACGUUUAAAGUCUGUUAUUUAACCGCGGAAAGUAAUGCUGUAGUUACUUAGUAGCCCACCUAGACCAGUGGAAAAAGAAAAAGAAAAUUAUGCAACAGCACCGGGUAACCCUAGGUUUUUGGAACAGCCUAUAUAGAUAAACUAUGCUUUAGAAGAAUUAUGAGAGAUCUAUAAAAAAUGUUGAUGAGUUUAGGCGUGGACAACUCGAUGGCGAAGAAGAAAACUCUAAAACGUUUUUGUUCCCUGUUGAGGAAAUUCAGACUGUUUUCAACGGAAAUCGAACAAGGUUGAAUAUUUUCAUUAUUACUACUUUAUUAUUAUUAUUUGAUUUUAUUUUGUUAGCAAGGAGCCUACGAUAGAUCCUUGGGGAACUCCAAUAUUUUUGUUUUUCUAGACAUUGACGAAUGCAGUGCUUCUUCUCCUGUAUGUGACAGCAAUGCCAACUGCUCCAAUACUCGUGGAUCGUAUAUCUGCACCUGUAAGGCAGGAUACUACGGCGAUGGAAAAACUUGCGGAGGUAGGAGAAAAUAAUUAGUUAAUCCGAAGGUCAGUUACCCUUUACUGUUAUAAUUAACAAUUAUUCCAUUAGGGCGCGUUGGAUAUGAGAUGAUAGAUAGCCAACGAGGCGCGUAGCGCCGAGUUGGCUAUAAUGAUCUCAUAUCCAACAAGCGCGAGUGGAAUAAUUUUUUUAUUAAAAACGCCGACAAAAUCUCGUUGAAUCUCCCCGACUAGAACAAACCGGAAAGACAAGGGACUUCCGCUAUUCACAUGUCACACGUCUAUCAAAACUGUCAACGCGCGAACGGACUCGCCUGGACUGCAUGAAUGAAAAAUCAAAACAUUGUAGCGAUGAACAUUUGUUUAAAAACUCAUCGGGAUUCUAGGAUUUUACACAGCAGAACAGCUUAAAAAAAAGGGAAGAAAAUGUGAAGGAAAAGAAUUUUUAAGUGACAGACGUGGAAAUUACUGAGAAGUUGGAUUUUCGGUGCAGUUAUAAAAGUAAUAACAACGGAGAAAAACUAUUACUUCGGUCGCUUGUUAUGAAGUUGUUUGAAGCCACAAGCUGGUUUUGCUGAACGAGAAAAGAACCUAUACUGCCGCCUCGAUUGCUCUAGUGAAUGGCUCCAUAGCCUAUAUUUUUAGCUGGUUACUUGUGAUUUAUAUUCUUGAUGUCGAAUAAACAAGCCGCAGUUAUCUAUCGGCGAGUGACUCGAUCGGUGAAUGGCUUCGCGAUCAUGAAGAAACAACACUUGUGUUCUUUCGUAGCUGGUCAAGGUACUUUAGUUCCAUGUGUUUUCAUGUGUUUUUCGACAAACUUUCAAACAAGUUCUUGUGGCUUUUUUGUUUGUUUUGUCUUUUUUCUUUCGAUGAAAUUGCAUUUCUAGUAUUCUAAGAAAUGAAUUAAAACGAUUUGCUUCGGGCACCGUUCUAUCCUUCGCGAAAAAAAAUCUCAGCUAGCUUCCAAUUUUAAACUGACGCGUACACCGACCAUAUAGGGAGAGCAUGGUAUAAUAGCUCAUAUACCAUAACGGCUAAGCCAAUCAAAAUGUUAGAAUUGCAUUAUCCAAUGAUUCAGUUUUUAAUAACAUCAAUUAUGGAAGUUUUCUAAGGACGCGCGACAUCAUAGUAUUCAAAAUUGUGGCUAAUGAGAUCGGCAAUCCGCUGAAUCCGCCGAUAAGUUUUCGUACCCAGCAUUGACGUCAUACUUCAUGUUAUGCUUCUGCUGGAGUCUAUAACACGGAGCGAGUAACUUCGAAGUUGAUCGAUACCAUAUUAAGAACAUACGAGCAAUUUACCAUCGAUUUGAUGGCGUGUUGCUCCAUCCUCCAAAUAUCGUAAACGCCAGUUGAUUAGGGGCUUUGAGCCAAUCAGAACCGGCGAAGUAUUUUGAAUGAAUAAUUGUAAUUAAUGUAAUAUUCUAUUUACGCUAUUUCAUUUUAUCAGAUGUUCAUUUAUGUUUAUCGAACAUUUUGAUAUAUCUAUAUAGAUGCUCCAGCGUUAUAAGUGUUUAAAUUAUUUUAAAUUAUUUUAAGUGAUAUCAGCUUCGAAAAAAUAUGUUACCUGAAUCACCUUUUCUUUUCUCCUCCCGUAUAUCAGUUUUCGCAGAGGGACUGAAUGACUCCGUUAUCUUAAGAGAUAAUGUGCAUCACUUAGCUAAUUUAAGCGCAUGGCUCAAACCAGUUGCCCAAAGCGAAUCUUCAAAAUGGAAGCGCUGUUGGCGUGCGUCCGUGGAUGGCUGGGCUGCAAGUACUUUUCACAGCGGAUGUGACAACAAAGGACCAACUGUAACAAUCAUAAGAGUCGGAGGGAAAUACAUAUGUGGAGGGUACACUAACCUCUCAUGGGGUAAGCUCUAA